UGGGUUUCUUCAAAAUGGCGGAGAAGAAAAUAGCAGUGCGCUCUCAGGACCCGAGUCAGCGGCGCGUGCUGGAUGGAGCGACUCGGCAGCGGAGGCUUACGCGACAACUCGAGGCGCUCGAGAAGGACAACUUCCAGGAUGACCCGCACGCGAGCCUUCCACCGCUGGUGAAACGACUUCCGCAUUUCGACGAGAACGAUGAACCUGGGAAGCGGAGAAAGAAGACCAGAGGUGACCAUUUCAAGCAGCGUUUCCGGAAAAACUUCCAGGCCCUGCUUGAGGAGGAGGACUUGAGUGUGAGUGAGGGUCCAAAUUAUCUGACUGCAUGUGCGGAGCCAUCAAAGCUUCCGCAGCGUCACUUCUGCGCCGUGUGCGGCUUUCCGUCCAACUACACCUGCGUGUCCUGCGGAGCUCGCUACUGCUGCAUACGCUGCUUAGCAACACAUCAUGAAACCAGGUGUCUGAAGUGGACCGUAUGAUCAUUGAAAAUCCACUUCACCAUCGAUCGAUCUGUGAAUUAAAACUGUGUGUUGGGCAACGGUGCUGAUGAACCAAGGAGCCUGGUUUUUUAAUGUUUUCAUGUACAAGUAUGAAGAGAAACCGGGUUCCUUAGUGCAGUUUGGGACGAGCUGCUUAGCACAAUGAUACGACGGCAAGAGCAAGCAAAAUAAUCAUGGUGCAAGAAAAACUGUGAAACAAUCAUCUCAAAUGCUGACGUUGAUCCUGACGUCCCCUUGUGUUUUUUAGAAAAGCUGUGCAGCUGGACUGCAGCUUCACAGGAUCUGAUUUUCUCCAACGCCGACGGAUUUGGCCGUUGUACUCCUGAAAAUAUGGAGAUGAACAUAUUGUCUUUCCGCAAAGCUAAAGUAGCUGGUCUGAAUUUUUUUUUUUUUUUAAUAUUUAUUGUAAUGGUAUUUUGUGCUUCACUUAUUUCCUCAUGGUGUCAAUUUUCAUGACCGCAUCGACUCCACCGUGUGAAGGAAAUUGCGAGGAAGUGUUUAAAAGACAGUAGGAUGAUGGACUACUGAAUAACUUUCACUCUCUUCCUUAAGCAGACAGGUAUGUACUCGUUAGGCUAGCUGUAGGACAGAUAGAGUAAACUUUUGCCUCUGACUUUGUCUUGUUGCUUUACUGACGCUGAAAUAACUCUAAUAAAUAUUGUAAAAGGA